GGAUCGUAUUUCGGAGCAGAGCUGUGUCCCGUGGACAUGGACGGGGACGGGACGACGGACCUGGUGCUGGUGGGAGCCCCCCUCCACAUCGGCCCGAGCACGGGGGGCAUGGUGGUGGUCUACCGCUUCCAGGAGGGCCGGCUGGACCACCAGGCCCAGCUGACGGGCCAGCGGGGGGAGCCCCUGUCCCGGUUCGGGACCUCCAUCGCCCAGCUGGGCGACCUGAACGGCGACGGGCUGUCGGACGUGGCGGUGGGAGCGCCCCUGGAGGACGGAGGCCGUGGCAGCGUCUACAUCUUCCACGGGGCCGGGACCGGCACCGGGGUCAGUCCGCUGGCCACUCAGCACAUCCGCUCCGCCGACGUGCAGCAGGGUCUGCAAUACUUCGGACGCUCCAUCCACGGAGCCCUGGACGUCAGCAACGAUGGUCUGACGGACAUCGUGGUCGGGGCCCUGGACAAGGUCUUCGUGUUUCGCUCCCGGCCAGUUGUGGACGUCCGGGUCGACACCACGUUCAGUCCAGCCAAGAUCUCGCUGAAGGAUGUUGACUGUCCAGAGAAUUCUCAGAAGAAACCCAUUGUGGACGUGCAAGUGUGUUUCGCGUUGAAAGAGCUGACCAAGAAUUUACCAGAACUGCCCAGCUUCCAGAUGUACACCACCAUGGCUCUCGACCCAAGCCGCAAGGUUCAGAGGGCGGAGAUUUUGAGACCGGCGCCUCAGAACUUCACCCUCACCGAUGGACACUGCUUUACUUUCACCAUUCAGCUCGAGAACUGUAUCCAGGACAACUACAACCCCAUCCAGCUGGAGACGACCUACACGGCCGAGGGUCGGAGUUCAGGCUCCUACCCGUCCCCCGUCCUCCGCACGGGCAGCAAGGGGUCGUGGGUCACCAAGCUGCCGUUCGAGAAGGAGUGCGGGUCUGACAACAUCUGCACUGAUCACCUCAAGGUUGACUUCACUCUGGCCGGGACGCAGUUCCUGGUGGUGGGCAGCCACAUCACCCUCACCCUGGACGUCACGCUGGAGAACUCCGGGGAGAACUCCUACUUCACCGUGGUCACCUUCCUCAUCCCGCAGGGACUCUCCUUCAGGAAGACCUCCAUCAUCCAGUCCAGUCGCCGUUCCAACAUUAAGUGCGAGGACUCGAAGGAGGCGCCAGCCCGGGGCGUACGGAGCGUCCAGUGUCAAGUCAGCCACCCCAUCUUCCGGCCGCAGAACACGAUGAAGUUCAACAUCACCUUCGACGUGAACGCAAAGGGGGACUGGAAAGACACGGUGAACAUCAGCGCUAACGCCACCAGUGAGAACGAGGCUCGCGAGACAAGGGACAGCUUCAAGUCAAGGACAGUUGCUGUUAAAUAUGAAGUAAAUGUGAUCAUCAAGGGGAUUCAGUCCACUCAGUACGUGAACUUCACCACCUCGCGACCGGACUCCAAGGCCGUUACACACGCUUACAAGGUGGAGAACAUCAACCAGCGGAGUCUCCCUGUGGACAUCACCUUCUACGUCCCCGUGAAGGUCGGGCCUGGACUGUCCUGGGACAGGGUGCAACUCAACACCUCGUGGCACGAGACCGCACCCUGCCAGCGAGUGAACAGAACAGCCAGGGACCUGACCGGGACGCAGGGCAACGCACAGAGGUGCAAUGUGAGCACGUGUGACGCGUUUCUCUGCCACAUCAGCCUUCUGAGGUACAAGGACCAGCUGAUCUUCAACGUCACCGGCAACGUCACCUGGAGGAACCCCGGACAGGUCGAACCCCAGGAAAUCGGGAUGAGCACUCACGCCGUGGUCGGUUACGAUGACAAGAAAUACAUCCACGUGUCCCAGGCCACAACUCGCUUCAAGAGCGCAAUGGUCACCACCAGGGUGGAGUUGGUAAAGGAGGUCAACCUGCUGCCGAUCAUCGUGGGGAGCACAGUGGGCGGGCUCAUCUUGCUGCUCAUCACCGCCGGCAUCCUAUACAAGGUCGGCUUCUUCAAGAGGGACCUCAAGGAACAGCUGGAGGCGGCCACGGACGAGGCGGGCAACGACGGGGGGCCGGCCGAGCCCGGCGCCCCCGAAACCGAGGCGUGAGGGGGUGGAGUGGGGGGAGAUGUUCUGGGAUCGGACUGUGCCCCCUCCACUCCCGGUAUAAACCCCCCUACCACCGAUCGACCCUCAGGUCAGUUCCGCUCCCCCUCUCCCCCAGCAUGGACCCCAGAGGGACUGGGGAUUCACCACCCCCAACCCCACCUCUCCUUCCGAGGGUCCCUCCCGGACUCUCCUGUCCCACACAGACCCCUAGCAGAGGGCUGUCCCCUCCCAAGACCCUCUUUGCCACCUCCCUCCCUCCACAGACCCUCUUCACAAGUGAUCUGUCCCCAAACCCCCUCGUAAACCCUCUCCCCAAACCCUCCUGUAAACCCACUGCCCAAACCAACCCCGUGAACCCUCUCCCGCUGCCCAAACCCCCCCUGAACCCUCUCCCGCUCCCCAAACCCCCUCGUAAACCCUCUCCCGCUCCCCAAACCCUCCUGUAAACCCACUGCCCAAACCACCCCCGUGAACCCUCUCCCGCUGCCCAAACCCCCCCUGAACCCUCUCCCGCUCCCCAAACCCCCCCUGAACCCUCUCCCGCUCCCCAAACCCCCUCGUAAACCCUCUCCCCAAACCCUCCUGUAAACCCAAAGCCCAAACCCCCCCCGUGAACCCUCUCCCGCUGCCCAAACCCCUAUAAAGAGUACAACCAGCUCCCCAAACCCUUUUUUCAAGGGUCCCUUGCUCCACAGACACCUUUAAUGUGACCACUCAUUCCC